AGUUAGCACAAGAAAUACUAGAUCUCGUCCACAAUCACCAUGGGAGCUCCGUUCUUGAUAACCAUAGCGGCUAUGGCACUGCUUUCAUCCCUUGCUAUCGCUUCUGAUCCUAGCCCUCUGCAGGAUUUUUGUGUUGCAAUCAGUGAUCCCAAAGCUGCUGUGUUUGUGAACGGAAAGAUUUGUAAGGAUCCAAAGGUUGUGAAUGCCAACGAUUUCUUCUUCCAGGGAUUCAACAUACCUGGAAAUACAAACAAUCCAGUUGGUUCUAAUGUCACUCGUGUGCUUGUUGACAAUCUACCAGGGCUCAACACUUUUGGAAUUUCCCUAGCUCGUAUCGACUUCGCUCCUUAUGGUGUAAACACACCCCAUACUCAUCCGCGUGCAACCGAGGUCAUAUUUGCGGUAGAGGGCACUCUGGCUGCUAGUUUUGUCACUUCAAAUCCACCAAAUAACAUGAAAAAUCACCUUUUUACCAAAGUCUUGAAUCCAGGAGAUGUUUUUGUGUUCCCACAAGGUCUGGUUCACUUCAUACAAAAUCUUGGGAAGACGAAGGCUCUUGCAUUUUCUGGUUUUAGCAGCCAAAAUCCAGGGGUCAAUACUAUUGCAAAUGUAGUCUUUGGAACAGAGCCCCCCAUUUCUCUAGGUGUUCUUACUAAGGCAUUCCAAGUUGACAAGAAAGUCAUUGACGCUCUUGAGGCCCAGUUUUCUUGAGACAACUCGAAAGGACCCAUGGAUUUGUCCUAAAUUCUACUAGCAUGACUUUUGUGCUAUGUAUGCACAGGGCAUUGCAAAGAUUGAUAUGAUAAUAUCAUAAAUCUGUAUUAUAUGUGUGAGCAUAAAGUGAUAUAUUAUUAAAUAAGUUCUCCUUUUUAGUUCAA